AUGACCAACGAGUGUAUUUCGUCGUCAAUGGCCGUAUUGCAACCAUGCUACUCGUCGCGACUCUUUCGAUCUUCGUUUGCAACAUGCUUCUCAGUGGUUGGGGCUCUGCGCAGUGAGCUCUGGGGCUGCGCAUGCGUGGCGCUUGUGGUGCUGCUUACGUCGCUCAACUACUGGCGUGACCCCGUGAAAGGAUGGCGUCGCACGGCCGACAUGACGGCGGUCUUUGGAGCUGCCAUCUACCAUGCCUACUAUUGCGUGGCAGUGUGCCAGGAUCCGAUCGUGCAGGUUUUGUACGCGCUGGUGGUAGCCAACUCGGGCUAUUGUUACAUGCAGGCUUGCAAGGCACCGAAUCAGGACGUGUCGUCAGCAUGGCAUUGUGGCCUUCACUUGCUGGGGAACGCGGCCAAUGUACUGCUGUAUCUUGGCAUAUCCAUCUAG